UUCUCUGUGCGCUCCCAUUCAUUUCCUGAGAACUGCCUGAGCCGAGCAGCUGAGAGGCAGAAGGGGAGGGAGCUGCUCACUCACAUACACUCACACUCACUCACACACACACACACUGUCACACACACACACACACACACAUACACACGUACAUACACGCAGAGUGAGAGGAGAGAGAAGAGGAGAGGAGAGGGAGAGGAGGAGACGAGACAGAGAGGACUGUAGAAAGGAAAACAGUCUCCUAGUCUCCACGGCUCUGCAGCUUCUGACAAGGCAGCCUAAGAAACAGGAUGUUAAUGCUUGACGGAAUGCCUGCAGUCCGAGUCAAAGCUGAGCCCCUGGAAUCGGAACAAGGGUCACCUAAAGUGCGCCCUUACUCUGCGAUGGACGGCGUCCCCUUCUUCCUCAGCAGAGUUAAACCCGAACCCCCGGAAGACCUCCUCGCUCACGACCUGCACUUCCACACGCAGACCGAGCCCGUCGACCUGUCAAUCAACAAACCCCGGCCCUCCUCUUCAUCGACCGCCAACACCAACACCACCAUCACCACCACCUCAUCGUCAUCCCCCCUCAGAUCCGCCUUCUCCCCGUCGUCCUUAUCGUCGUCAUCCUCCUCCUCCUCCUCUUCCUCCUCUCCAUCGGUCAUCACCUCAGCCUCAUCGGUGCUCACGCCGGGUCCUCUGGUCGCCCCCGGAAGCGGGGUGAGAGGUCAGCCGUAUUUGCACAUCCUGCACUCUGUGCCGCCGCCUCCAUCCAGCCCUCUGAGCCUGCAGGGAGCGGGGAAGCUGGCCAGCCAUGUUCACCGCAUCCCAGUUGUGGUACAGUCGCUGCCCCUCAUGUACACCACUGCCGUUCGAUCACCCUCCAGCCUCAACAACGCCAUCAUGCUACCUCUGCUGGACGAGGUCAAAAGCCAGGGCAAAGCACACACGGACCCCAACGGCCUGUCACCGAGGCAGAUCAAAAGUGACAGCGACGAUGACGACCUGCCAAACGUGACCUUGGACAGUGUCAACGAGACCGGCUCCACUGCGCUGUCUAUAGCCCGCGCCGUACAAGAUUCCAUGUCCCCGUUCAGUAUUGACAGCAUUCGGCGCCCCCGGAGGUCAGAGUCACCGGACUCCAAAAAGCGAAGGAUCCACAGAUGUGACUUCGAGGGCUGCAAUAAGGUGUACACCAAAAGCUCACACUUAAAAGCACACCGGAGGACGCAUACAGGGGAAAAGCCAUACAAAUGCACCUGGGACGGUUGCACCUGGAAGUUCGCCCGCUCCGAUGAGCUGACGAGGCAUUACAGAAAACACACGGGGGUGAAGCCCUUCAAGUGUGCAGACUGUGACCGCAGCUUCUCCAGAUCUGACCACUUGGCCCUGCACCGACGGAGACACAUGCUGGUGUGAAUCAGCCGGAGAGCGAUUAGAGGGAGAGGUCAAUGGAACAAACAUACAUGCACACACACACGCACGCACGCACGCACACACACACUCACAAACAAACAAACAAACACACACACAUGCAGGCAGCCGUGGGAGCGGGAUCUCCCUGCGAAUGUUUUUCAGCUGGCCUGGACGCGCACAUGACGCAGACACACACGCAGAUGCACAACCACCCACCCACGAAGACGCACACACACACACUCUCAUCCUUCACGAGGAGGGGACGAUGGGGAGCGAGGAGAAGGAUGGACGAAGGUGCACAGAGCUUGCAGAGCACAAAAAAACAGGGUCACUUGUGGAUCCUCUUUAGUUUGGAAGGACGGCAGGAUCUUUUAUUGUCAAUGUUUGGAAUAUAAUAGGGAACUGUCUUUUACAGCACUGUUCGUAAAUGUUUCACUUUGAUUUUUAAGAUGGACUCGCACUCUUUAUUUGGACAAAAAAAAAGAUAUAUAUAAUGCAACUGCAACAGUCUCUCUUUUUUUUUUUUUUUUUGUAUACUUUUCAUUAUUGUUCAAACGGCUGCUUUUCCAGCAUUCAUAAUGUGAAACACCCCGUUGUGAGGAAUGGAUUUCCUGUGUGAACAGGAAGGAACAAGUAAACCUGGACUGGAUCACAGGCUUAAGGACCAGUUGGAGUUACAGGCAGUGUUUUUAUUUCCGCCCCGUGAGUCCAAUUUGUGACCAGCAGAUGGCACCAUUGAAUCACACAUGGUUUCCUUUUUGUUCUUUUUUUUGUUUUGUUUUUUUUCUCUUUCCUCUGGAGUUGCUGCUGUUAAGUCGGAGGCAUCCCUUACAGAAGCUUAAAGAGGGCUGGACUUUCACCUUUUAACCGCAGCCAGCAAACAGUGACUCCAAACAAUCCCCUCCACCCCAAACCCCGAAAGCGUCAACCUCAUCAGGACAUCCACUCUUUUUUCCGUUACUCAUCGCUUUACUUCAAACUUUGGAAAAACUGGACACGCGCGUCACCAUCACCGUCACCAGCAAAAGAAAAAACGCCAUUCACGAUGUGCUCGCAUGGCUGGAACAUCCCCAGAUCUCAUCGUCUUUCUUAAAAAGAAAAAAGAAAAAAAAAGAUAUAUCUAUGGUGGAUUUUGAGCUGUGAUUAGCAAUCAGUAAAGUGCAAUCUUAAAGGAUACUUUCAGUAUGAUAAUGUUUCGUUUAUUGAAUCUUGCUUUUUAUUUUUUAUUUUAAAAUGCCUGCUUAAAAUGCUUACGUUUGAAAAAUACAACGCCCUCAUGUACAGUGAACUUGGAAACAAUCAGAGGAGAUGUCCAGUAUGUGAAGAAGAAGAAGAAGAAGAAGAAGAAAAAAAAUAAUAGAGGCACCUUACGAGACUUUCACUCUGUCCCAAUCUGUUUUAUAUCAUUAAGCUCGGUUUUCUUCGCCGGGUUUAAUAGAGAGAAAACAAACAAACAAACAAAGAGAAAAAAAAAAAAAAAAGGAAUUUGUGUUGUGGGUUUUUUUCGCACAGCACUCGACCAUAAGCUGACAUUAACACCGGCUGAAGCGUUACAGGGAUGGCGCGGUGCACAAUACAGAAGAGCAAUACAUUCUGAACAAAGCGACGGGAAGGAAGGCCAGCCUCCUCUUUGCUCUGUCCGCUGAUGUCAAUAUCCGAGGAGGCGCCUCUGGCUCGGGGCCGACCCCUCACCCUGUACCCCACCAGUCCCCCUGCUCUCGUCUGAUGUGUCUCGGCUCGUGAUUUACUCCACACUAUUUCAAUUUCUCCUCUUGUUAUUUUUCGUCUCAAACGCGCAGAAAGUCACUUGAAAAGUUCUCACCUCAGAUCACACACGACCUGAAAUUUGGUUAUAAAUGCAGAAAUUGCACACACACACACACAACACAAAUGGAUAGCUAUAUAGAUGUAAAGAAAAGAAACCUGCACACAUUUCUUGAAUAUAGUAUUAUCACGGUUUAGAUGCAAGUUACUGGCAGUAACAUCUCUAGGAGGACGUCACUUAACCUUAAUCAGGAAAUUCGAUUGAAGAUAUAUUUUUAUAGUUCACCUAACGGACAAUUUUUUGCAAGUAUUUCCAGGGCUUUAUAUGCUGUGUAAAAGCUUCAGACAUAAACUCCAGCUUAUCAGGCCAACUAAUGUUAUUUGAUCGUGCUGCCAAAUGCAUUUAUUGGACAGACGCCAGUAAAAAAAGAAACGGUUUUGGAUUAUGGUACCUUGAAAUCCACACACUCACACCGAACACACACACACACACACGCGCAUUCUCACUUUCAGUCAGAGUAGCCAAAUCCAGGAAGUAAUUCUCACACACCUUCUGAUUUAAUGGAAAAUGUAUGCUAUCGUUAUUUAUGUAUACCGUUUGUGCACAUGUCAUUACGCCCGGUUGUGUUAUCAUUUUUUCUUUUUUUUUUUUGGCAAAAAGCAUAUCAGCACCUUGUUUUAUUUUUUUUUUUAUUAUUAUUAUUAUUAGUAUGAUUUUUUUUUCUCCUUCAAAUAAUUUUAUUCCAGAUGUCAAUUUAUAAGCGAAAUAAUCACCAUCUUAUUUUAUCUUCCAUAUAAUGUAUUAGAGCAUUUUAUGACCGAGGGGCACUUCGUCAUUGCGUAUAACUCUUUCUCUUCUGUAAAAAGGAUCUUUUGAAAUGUUGUAAUAUAUGUGAUUGUGAAGAUAAAAAAAAACAACAAAAAAAACUUAUUGCAAAGUUCUACAGCCUGUAUAUACAUUGGAAAAAUAGGGCUUUUGAUCAGUAGAUGCAGGAAAUACAUUUAUACAUGUAAAGUCUUUUUUUCCAGAGACUGUAAUUUAUCUAAUUUGAUAUACAGUGAAAUGGGGCUAAUGGUAUUCAUCAUGUAAAUUAUCAUAUGUGAUGUUAUAUUAUGACUUUUUUUUUGUGGUUAAACAUGAUCAAAUCAUUUUUUUUUUAAUUCCCAAGGCUAAACCAGUGUUUGCUAUAAUCAACAAAUUAUUUAUAUACCGCUUUAAGGUACUCAAUUCCCUACGUUGCUAUUUUGCUACCGCCCGGACAAGAAAUUCUACCGAACAAGCACAUAUCACCAACACAUGUACUCCUGUAUUCAGUACGUGAUGUUGCAAGCCUUAAUGCACCAGACUUUGACAAACUCAAUUAGACUUGAAGACGGUGUCUCUUUCUCUCUCUGUCUCUUUCUAUCUCUUUCUAUUUCUCUCCCUCCGCAGGACAGGGUGUAUUGUAUUUCCCCCCUCAGCAUCUCUUUCCUCAUUUUAAAGCAUAAUUUUGUUACGGUAACCAGGGUCAAAGUUAUGCAAUAAUAAUAAUAAUGAAUAGUGCCUCAUAUCACAAACUUGUAAUACCAACUGCUCUGUGCAGAGUUUUACGAUUUGCUUCGAUUAAGAAUUUUUUUUUUUCCAAAACGAGAACUUUUGAGGAGGAAAAAAACAAAUAAAUAAAGAAAAGCACAGAAAACAUAUGUUAUGCAAGUCGGACCUCUAAUGUUGAACCUUUUUUUUUUUUUUCUUUUCGCACUGAGCCUUAUAUCAUCGUGUCAAAUGCAGCAUCCUCCCAUAACACUUUGACAGGCUGUUUAUAGCACACAUUAUUACUUUGCUUGCAAUAAGUCACUUCCUCCGAGGGGAGCAAAAAACCGAGUUACAAAGGCCUCUUGAUGUUUCAGCUUCAGCACAUCAGUUCAACAUAGUAGUUCCAUGGAAGAUAAUGAGGAUUCGCGCUCACAGGAGACACCCCUGUGGCUGAGGGUCCGGCAGUGGAGCGAUGCCUUUAUUAACGAAUCUGAUCUCACACUUUCUAUCGGUUCAAUAUAUAUUUUACCUUCUGUGUAACAUCUGCUUUUGAUUUCCUGGUUUUGAAGAUUUUUUAAGUAGUGGAGCCAAUGCCUAUGUUUCGAGUUUGCUGAUAUUACGUACAGUAAUCGUUGUUCCUGUAUUUAUGUAAAGUGAGUGUAGUGUAAAUAUAUUCAGAUCUUUUCAUUCUUUACUGUUAAAAAAAAAAAUAAAAAUGAAAAAUAAAUGUGAUAUUUGCUCAGCAUUGCUUCAAAAGGGAGAUUCUGCUCAUGAAAUUCCACAGUCUUUAAAAAGAAAAUUUUUAAUCCUGAUAUUUUCAAAACUUCAAGAAACAGGUGUCCUUUUUUAUUUUUCCUCCUUCUGUUACACUUUUCUUUUUUUCUUUCUUCUGAGAUUUGUUUCAGUAUCCAGUCAGUGUUCUUUGCAUUUUUUCUCUGUAUUUUUCAUAUGGAUGGAGCUGUGAAAUUAAAAUAAGUUCAAACAUAUACAUGUAUAUUAAUAUGAAUGGAGGCAUGAAGGUUAAUAAAGUUGCAUUUUGUAUGUAACAGACCGGGA